CAAAUUUUUUCGUACCUUUCCUCUGUUUCUCUCUCUAGAAAUUUACUCCCCCCUUCGUCUGGAAGAGAAUAUACACAUACAGAUACAUAUAUACAUAUAUAAUCUUUGUAUCUCUUCUCAUAAAGCCCUAAUCGCCUGAUUCUGUUGACAUUCCUGGAGAAGUUUUUUUUAACUCUGUGUGGGAUCUCGAAUCGGUAUCUUUUUCAAGGUUCCUGAAUCUAUCUCUAUUGGGGAAUGCAGAGAACGUUUUGCGAGGAGGAGAGUGCUCUCUGUUGGAAGGAAUCCUUAGGGCCGAAGGCAAGAACAAGGGACAAACUUAGGGAUAGUCUUUCUCCUUUCUAAUUUUGAGACAAAGGUCUUGUCAAAAUGACACGCAUUCUGGUUCAGCGUGGUUCUGCAAGCAGUCCUUCCAACCAGAGCCGCUCUUCCUCCACGCAUUCUGGCUCGUCUUCGUCUUCGUCUUCUCCGGCAGAGCCACAAGGCAGCAGUAAUACUCGUCAGGUUCUUACAGCCAGUAGAGAUGAAGAAAUUACUGAAGAAAAACAAGAACAGGUUUCUGUAGUUGAACAUGCUGAGUGUUCUGAUGUCAAUGCAGAAAAAGUUGAUAAUAUGUCUGUUUGUAGCAAUGAAACUGUGAAUAAAGAAGAUGAUGAAGGGUUUCGUAAUGUGUUUGGGAGUUCCAUGGUUUCUGAAAAUGUUUCUGUCGAAAAUGAAGGUGUAGUUUGUGAUUCUCCACAGAGUGGUAGUGAUAGUCCUCAUCCACCCCCACCUCCUGUUCCGUCCCCAAAACCUUUUCCGGCAGCAAAUCCCGAUAAUAGGAGAUCAAUCUUGGGAAGCUCUAAUGCUUUAAGGAUUGGAACAACUCAAAGAGGGACUGGGUCACACUCUGUUGUUCCCACUAAGAGUUCCCAAACUGGUUCACGGCCUCCUUCUCCAAGACCCCACAGUGAAAACGACGGCUACAACAGUGCUGAUGAGCAUAAUCCUUGCUUUGUGCCCUCUUAUUCCGAUUUGGAAGGAGAACGCCAGUUUGAAUAUGAUCUUAGACGGGCCAAAGGUUUAGAAGUUAGGCGGAUGGCACAAGAUGGCAACUGUCUCUUCCGAGCUGUUGCCGAUCAGGUUUAUGGGGACUCUGAAGCAUAUGAUUUGAUUAGACAAAUGUGCAUGGAUUACAUGGAAAGAGAGAGGGAUCACUUUUCUCAAUUUAUAACCGAAGGCUUUACGACCUACUUGAAAAGGAAACGAAGAGACAAGGUUUAUGGCAACAAUGUAGAGAUUCAAGCCUUAGCAGAAAUGUACAACAGGCCUAUCCACAUCUAUUCAUAUAGCACAGAGCCUAUCAACAUAUUCCAAGGAAACUACAACACGGACAUGCCUCCCAUAAGGUUGAGUUACCACAAUGGGAAUCAUUACAAUUCUUUGGUAGAUCCACAUCGUCUGACAGUUGGUGCUGGCCUUGGAUUCAGCAGCCUCCGAGGGAGAAACGUGGACAGGGAGCAGGUGAAAGCAGCUAUAAAGGCUCAACAAGACCAACAGAUCGAUAAUGCCCUGUUAUCCGAGGGGAAGUUUUACUCUGACCUUGAGCUCACCGAGAGGGAAAUCGAGAGGUCGGUCAUGGAAGCUUCGCGUGCCGAGUUUAUCAUGGAAAGGUUUAAGAAGCCGCAACUCGGGCCCGAGGACUCGUCUACCUCUACUGCUGAGCCAUCCUCCUCGGAAGCUAGACCUUCGGGGAGCAAGUCGGAGCAAGAAACGAAGUCGUCGUCGGGAGGGCUGAGCAGCAGCAUUCAGACGGUGUUAUCGAUGGGAUUCGGCUAUAUGCAGGCGAUGGAGGCGUACAGCAUUUUCGGGGAGGACGUGGACUCGAUGGUGUGCUACCUCCUCGAGAUGAGCAGCGGCCGACAGAAAGGCAAAGCCGCCGAAUAGACCGAUGUCGGUCUCGAGGUAUGAAACUAUGGAAGACACCAUUUUAGGGUUCUACUACUGAUACUAUGGAGGAAAUUAGCAAACCAGUAGCUGCAGGGGAGAUGAUAUGAUGAAUAUGAGAUGUAUCCUUUUGUGGACUCACUUUGUGUUUACCAAAUCAAAUGAAUGCUAUUAUACA